CCGCCGUCUCGAUCCAUCCACGGCUAAGCCGGGUGUAUCGUUCGUUGGUUGUAUCUCUCUAUUAUACGCCUGUCUGUCUGUUCUGUCUGUGUGUCUCACUACUCAUCUGGCACCAGCGUGUGAGGUGUCUUGGGCACCACUAGAUGUGUCCGAGAUGAGCCGUGACUCCUCCGCGAAGAGGUCGGGCAGGUCGAUGUAGUGGGACGGCGGCAGCGUCGGACGCAGAUACUUGCCACCCAAGGAAAAGUGCAGGAACCAGUCGAACAACCAGGAAUUCAACGCAGCUGGCGUCGCCAGAAAUAUCGAAUUCCUGCAGCAAUCAAUCCAUGCCACACACACGGUGGACCCACACAGACAGACAGACAGAUAGACAAGCAGUUAAUCACAGGAAGGGCCAGGCGAGUGUGUGUAACAUGAGACAUCGUGUUCGCAGAGUGGUGGGGCAGCCGGUGGGCGGAUGAGCUAUCUCCGUCCAUCUAUGUGUGUACCUGAUAGUUUCCCAUCCUGGUAUGAAUGGCAUGUGGCUGAUGAGCUUGGUGAUCAUCGUCAUGCGACUGUGGCGAAAUAUCCGUUGCUGAGGAAAGACGGGCCAGUCAAUCAGUCAACACACACAGGACAUGGGCGGCUGGUCGUGUGUGUGCACUAUAGAUUGCUAUGUAUGGGGUCCCUCCCUCCCUCCCUCCCUCCCUACCCUUCUCAUUUCGUUGAAUUCCAGGAGGCAGUUUUCGACGGUAAGGUAUCGAUACUCAGUCUUCUUGUGCCGCCCUGAUUUCAUGAUGAUCUUGGACGUCUUGUCCAUCCACACAGGAAUGGCUGUCGCGUUGCGGUAACUCUUGGAAAUGAUGAUCUGAGCCCGCGUGUGGUCCUGCACACACAGUUAUGUAUGGUACGUACGUACAGCCAUACAGACAAAAGGUCGGUCAGGUGGCGGUGGUGGUUGGCUGACUGGCUCCUUGCUGCCUCGUGUGUCUGUCUGUCUCACGAGGUCACUCACUCACCCCUGUGCCCACAGGUACGGAGACUUUUCGUCCUUUGAGGCUGAGCCUGCCCUCAGAUCGCCUGAAGGGCAGCGGCAUCUUGCCGCUGCCACCCGCACUCCCGUCAGCCUGGAUCCUGGGCUUGGUGUACCGCCAAUCUACAACCAACCCCAGACAGACAGACAGACAGAGAGACACCCAGUGACCCGAGUUGGUGUGUUAUGUAUGUAUGUAUGCUGUGUCAUUUCCGCCCGUACCGACAGACAUGAUGUGUGAGAAUCGUACGCCGGGUUUCCACACGGUUCGUCUUCUGAUUUCCUCCUGCGCUCUGAGGUCGUCAGGUGCAGGUAUGUCGGUCAUGCUCUUGGCGAACCACCGGGGGGCCCGGUAGAUCAUGUUGGGACCCGCCGACUCGGCUAUCACACUAUCCGGGUCAGUGGGCGGCUGGGACAGCUGCUCCGACAAACCAUCAGAUGGGGCUGCUGUGGGCGUCAGUGCGGACUCCGAUGACGACACGUCGGACACACCAUCCGCCGAUGACUCGAGCUGGUGCAAGGCCGCCUCCUCGCCGCUCAGCAAGCUCGCUCUCUCCGGAGUCACUCCGUGUUGUUGCAUGAUCUUCUGCAUUUUCUCCCUGGUGGAUGGGGUGACGGCUGCCUGCAGCUCCUCCAGGAGCCUGUGGUGGGCCUCCAGGUCGAAGUCAUCCUCCUUGCCUCCCCCAGAGGCACCAAGGCGCUGGCCGACUUCGGCCUGUUGGUCGGCUGUGAUCAUGGGGAACUGCUUCUUCUGAAGCAUCUUGAGGUUGUCGGGUGCAGUGAGCUUGGAGAGGCACAUGGCGCACUCCCAGGCGUCCUCGAUGCCGAGGCUCGCCCCCUGGGCCAGGUUGGGCGUCACGGUGUGGGCCGCGUCGCCGAUGAGGGCUAUCCGACCCUUCUGGUACUUGAAAUUCCAAUCCUCGAAGUGAAAAUUGCCUGAGUGAUAGACAGAAGCGAUUAAUUCGAUUCACCGACACACAUGACAGACAAAGACAGACAAAGACAGACAGACAGACAGGCAGAGGGAAGGCAGCGGUGGGGUAGGUAGGUGGGGUAGGCGGGCGUGUGUGUAGGGGGGAGUCUCGGUUGUCUGUUUGUGUGUGUCCCCUCCCUUACUCACUCCAGAUGGGCAGCUUCUCCCCCAGGUGUUUGUCGAUGAUUUGGGGGAUGGGCUGGUGGAAGCCCUGGUACUCGUCGCGCAAGGACCGAUAGAAAUCAUCUGUGUCACACACACACACGGGACGGGUGGUUGUGCACUGUUGAUAUGCUGUAGUGUAGUGUCGUGUUGUUUGUUCGUCGCGCACUCACCGUCGCAGGUGCCCCACAUAGAAGGGUUUCUGAUGUAAUGGCCGCCCCUUGGGGGCUCGGGGAAGCUGGCGAACCAAAAGACUGCACGACCCGGCAAAGGGAUGACCGCAAACCUGACCAACCCACACACUCACUCUCUUCCUAUCCCUCUGUCUGGGCAGGGAAGGGAAGGCAGGGGGGACAGACAGUGGUGUCGGACUGUCAGUCAGUCAGGCCGACCUUUUUCCGGCGUGCAGCGUUUCGUAUGGCGGGUCGACGACGGCGUCUUCGCUGUCGUAAAAGUUCUCCAAAAUGCCAGAAAUGGACCGGUAUCCUGCACAGACGCACACGCACACAUACAGGCACAACACUGCUGGCGUGCUUCAGCGCAGGCGACACACGCCCCAUUCAUGCAUCCAUCGAUCCCCCCAUCUGUCUGUCUGUCUGUCUGUGUAGGCCGGCCUGCGUGUGUUGCUGACAUACCGUGGUAGUGGAUGAAACCUCGACGUGACCCAGGGGCGAUGAUCCUGAUGGAUGGAUGGAUGGAUGACAGGGUGGUUGAUGGGCCCACACAUUCUUUGUUUCCGGCCUCCCUCUCCCUUAGCUUGUUCCCUAGCAACUGCUCGCUUCAUUCAUUCAUUCUGCCUACCUCCUGACUGUUGAGAACAUUCCAUCAGCUGCAAUGAGGAAGUCGCCCUCGACAGCGUAUCCAUCGCGGAACUCCAGCUUCAUGGGCACAUUGCCGGGGGCCCCUGGCACCGCAGCACCCUCCAGGAAGGACACCUCACGACCAUACUCCACCUACACAAUGUAUGUAUGUACGGAUGUACGGGCGACGCGACACAUACGUACGGCGAGUGGAGUGAGUGGGAUGGAUGUGCACGCCUUGCUCCCUCCCUCCCUCCCUCCCUCCCUCCCUCGGUCCUUCAUUCCUUCCGUCCCCCGUGCUGGCUGCCUGCCUGCCUCACCCACCUCGAGUGUGUGUGGGUGUAGGUUGUCUUCUUUAAGCAUCGACAGCAGGUGGGACUGCCGCAGCGCCGCCACACGACGGUUGUACAGCGGGUCAUUGGUGUUGCCGCGAGACAGCCACAAACCCUUAACACACACACACAUCACAUGUGUGUAUAUGUAGGUGCACACCUGUCGGUCGGCCUGCCUGCGCACCGUUUUGUCUCUGUAGGCUGCAGAUGGGACGAAUCGUGCGGCGUGCUCGAGCUCAGGGGCCAGCCCCAGGAAGCCCAACACUCGCUGGGCGUUGGGCCAUAUGCCUGAACGGAAGAAAGGAACGAUCCAUCCAUCCAUCCAUUCAUCACACAAUCGCGCUUUGUGCGGGGUGCUUACCAAGCCCCCUGUCUCGCUCCAGGCAGGCCUCGAAUGAUGCGGCCUUCUCAAACACACGAACGUCAUAACCUACCCUCUGCAGCAGCCAGCACACACACACACACACGGGACGUUCGUACGUACAUCCAUCCAUGGGGAUAGCGACGGGUCACACAUACAUACAUACAUACCUGCAGGCAGCGAGCUGCAGUGAGGCCACUGACCCCUGCCCCAGGGAGAGAAAGAGUGAUGCAUAACAUACAUAACGCGGCCGGCAUCUCUCCCUUACUCCCCAACACAGUCACGCUGUUCGUGUGUGUGUGGAACCUACCUGCACCGACCACCAGGGCCGUCCUGGGACGCAUCGCUUUGUCGACAACGAGCCAGCCUCAGCACACGUCAGGGCAGCUCAACACACUCGGGCGAGCGCCCUUUGACCGAUUGAUCAGACGAAAAGGGAGCGAUGCAAACACCAGAAAAAGACGCUGGGAGUUCACACCUUCAGUGUGCAAUCAGCCACAUCGUUCUUGGCGACAAG